AUGGGAAAACGACGACAACAGCGAGAAGACAACAGCGACAACGACAAGGAGAACAGAGAGGAGACCAGAUUUGAAGAAGAUGAUAUGAAGACUCGCUGGCGGCGGGCGGUGAGCUCGACUCCCAAAGGCGCUGCUCGGUGUUGCGACCGGGAUUCGCGGGCUGUGGAGAACCAACUCGUUAUCUCCGCCAACAUGGAGAGGCCAACUUUCUCCUUCGCUGCUUCACCUUGUAACACAGCUGCAUCCUUCGCCAGAUUCUGGACGUCUCGUUGGCCCGGGAAACCAGUUGCACUUCCCCCUUCAGCCAACCAGCUUCUCGCUGCCCCGUGGGCGGGACGCACUUUGAGACAGCGCCUAGGCGUCAUCGAGCAACCCUUGUCAGGGGGUCGGACAGUUGUAAACUCCGAUCUCCUCCGUCUCCAUCCAUUUCUUGUUUGCGGCUCAAAAAAAGCCACUGACAUGGGGGCUCGGCCUUUCACGAAGGUUCUCUCUCCAACAAAAGCAAUUCUUCCCUGUCUGGUGAGUCACACCUGA